GGAACGGCCAUGGUCUAGCAUAUUAAAAAUAUAAAAUUAUCAUCUUUCAUCUUUCCAUACACAAAAUGUGUAAAAAUGAUAAAAUAUUUUCAACUUUCACAAUAUAGGAAUUUUCUUAAAAAUUCUAAAAAUUCUUCUCGAACGCUUUUUUCAAUUCAUCACCAUCACCCAAAUCACCCAUCUACCAUCCUUCGCAAAUAUUAUCCUCCUCUAGGUAGUACCCACAUUCGUGUCCUACACAUGAAACGCAAGUUGUACCAGGACAUGUGGAAGGCAUGGCCCCUGUAUUACAGGCUCCCCAUUAGUAUCAUAAUAGUAUACACACUUUAUAAGCAGUGCGAUAACGCCAUCUACAAAUAUCGAAAGACACGAAAAGAAAAAUCUUCCUCCAGGAACGCCACUGGCUUUAGAAACGAGAGCGACGUUGACGAGGAUGAGAUAAGAACUUUGGAAGACGAAGUUAAGCUAGCUUACCGUUGGCAAGUAUCAAUAUACAAAUUAUUGCCUCUUAGGGUAGUUUCACGUUUUUGGGGCUACAUAAAUAAUAUAGACUUACCAUACUGGUUAAGACAACCAUUGCUUCUCACUUAUGUCUGGUGCUACAAUAUUAACCUAAAUGAGGCACAAAUUGAAGAUUUAAAUAAAUAUAAAAACUUGGGACAACUCUUUUGCAGGAAGCUGAAACCAAAUGUUAGACCUAUAGAUGAAGACAGUGAUUUAAUCAGUCCCGUCGACGGUAAGGUACUUCAUUGCGGCCUGGUGCGGCACGACGACCUUAUAGAGCAAGUCAAGGGGGUUAAAUAUUCGCUCUCCCAAUUUUUGGGGCCCGGGUGCGAACGCAUACUGGACCUGCACCUCAGGAUAAAACGCUUACCGCCUCCUAUCCGCAACGCCUCUUCGCCAGACCUGUUGCUCAAUACUCCUAAGAGCGAUGCCUCCUACGAUAUAGACAAGGAUACCGAUGCCAUUUGUGCCUACAACUCACUCACCGUUUCCGACAGCUAUAACCCCUUAUUGGCUGCCCUAAAUAUGGAUUUCCCCAAUUCCAAUUCGACGCUCGCGGUCAAACAAGGAAGAGGGAGUUGGGCGUCCAUACAGGAUUCCGAUUUUUACAAGGCUCCCCCAAGCAUUUUCAAAGAUGACGACGAUCAUUUUUCCUUCCCUUCCACUCGUUCCAUCAGUGCCGAAUCUAGCUCUCGUGGUAGCAUAUCUAAAUACGAUCUCGCCAUUCCUCAACAAGAGCUGAUUCGCCACUACGACAAAAUCUCGAAAAAUUCGAGCGCGGAACCGACGACAGAUAUAACGACCGACAUGGAAGAUUUGGCGUCUAAGACGGUCGAGCAAAUAUUGUUGACGACUCAGACCGGCGAAGAGAUCGUCAAGAAAACGCGGGACAUGCUCUGCCUGUCGCCAGCCAACGAACUCUACUACUGUAUAGUUUAUCUGGCCCCGGGCGACUACCACGGUUUUCAUUCCCCUGUAGAUUGGAUCGUAAUCCAUAGGAGGCAUUUCCCGGGAGAAUUGUUCAGCGUAUGCCCUAGCAUAGUUAGAUGGAUCCAGGGACUCUUCAAUUUCAACGAGAGGGUAGUUUUCACUGGAACAUGGAAGUACGGAUUUUUCUCUAUGGCGGCCGUUGGAGCUACCAACGUCGGUUCCAUCAAAAUCGGUAUCGAUAAGGAUCUCAAGACCAAUCUAAAGCGUUGGAAGCCGGGUACCUUUUUCGACAAAAUUUUCGAGAAAGAAAUAAUGCCCCAAAAAGAAAACGUCGACAUUUCGACCGACAAGAGUGACAGUCCCGAUUUGAUCCAAAAUUCUGCAUCAACGAACAAGGCAAAUAAUGCUUCUGCUCGAAAUGGCGAAAAUUACGACGCCAAGUCGCUCAUUUAUCCCGACGCCGAUUCCAGUACCGAAAAUUUUUUCGUCCAACGGAAGUUGCUCUCCCAAAAUUCUUCCGGCAUCUCAUCCGAAGAUUCUUCCAUCAACGCUAGCGAGGACGACAACGGGGGAGGUAUCUUCAUCAAGAGGGGCCAAUAUUUUGGCGAGUUCAACCUUGGUUCCACCAUCGUGCUGAUAUUCGAAGCUCCGGCCCAUUUUAAGUUUAACCUAGAUUUCGAUCAAACCUUGAAGAUGGGUCAAUCUUUGGGAGGUCCAGUCAGACUCUCAUGAAGAUUUUAAAUCAUGUUCUUUCUUUCUUUUUUGUGCGGACCUGUGUGGCCUCCCAAUGCAAUAUAUUUUCUUUUUUAGAGAACCUCGAAUUUCCGUAACCCAACUCGGGUUAUUUUUGAAUCAGCUGAGAACAAUCCCAUUUUGUCGAUUAUCACGUGACUUCUAAUAUCUACGAAUACACUUUUUAACCGCCUUAUCAAAAAUUUACCCCGCGAAAAUAUUAAUAAACAUUUAUUUUUUUAAAAUAAAAAAAAUUAUAUUAGAAUAAAAUUCUCUCAUCAUUCACUACUUUUCUUCCUGUGAA